GCGUCACGAUUUUGAGAAACUUGGCCAACCCAAUUAGAGGUUGACAUUACAUGACAAAGACAAUAAAUAACCAAGCAGAAAGGGAUCCAGUAAGCAUUUCAAGAUUCCGAAAUUAUUUUCUUGUUUAUUCUGUUGGCGGGUCCUCUCGAAAUUAGGCAGAGCUGGCUCCGAUUGAAUUAGCUUCAGCUGAGAAGCAAUUGGAGCUGGCGUUCGACGACGGCAUAAUUAGGGAUGGGGCGGAGGAGGAGAACAUCUUGCUCUUGGCCGGACGGGAGAAUGAGAUAGUUGAAAUGGGAAACGAUAACCCUUCUCGGAAAGAAAAUGUGGACGAUCAAUACCCUGUUCAUACCGCCCACCAAAUUCAUGGUUUCAGGUAGGAAUUCUUCUCAGCAUGGGUGUCAACAGUGCAUACGCGCUAGGAUAUUCUGGCACAAUCAUGGUUCCUCUAGGUUGGAUAGGUGGUGUAGUUGGUCUAAUUUUAUCGACAAUGGUAUCAUUAUACGCAAGUAUUCUUACUGCUAAACUCCAUGAAGUUGGGGGAAAGAGGCAUAUCAGAUAUAGGGACCUUGCAGGAUAUUUAUAUGGAAGGACAGCAUACUUGCUUGUCUGGGCAUUACAAUAUGCGAAUCUCGUCUUGAUAAAUAUUGGAUAUAUUAUCAUGGCUGGUUCAGCAUUGAAGGCCUUCUAUCUUCUCUUUAGUGAUGACCAUCAGCUGAAGCUGCCACAUUUCAUAGCGAUCGCUGGAUUUGCAUGCGUGCCUUUUGCCAUUGCGACACCCCAUUUGUCAGCACUAAGGAUUUGGCUGGGGGUUUCAUCAUUAUGCUUGCUACUGUAUCUCUGUAUAGCAUUUGUGUUGUCUCUUGAAGAUGGUAUGCUACUUCCUCUCUUUAAUGUUUAACUAGCCAGCAUAGUGCAUUGUAUGCUUGUGCCAUAGUUGGUAUUGAUUUAAUAAUUUAUCAAAAUGAGCACAACAUCACCCUCAUGAAUUGUGCAUAAUAUUACUGCCCAUAUAGGCAAAAUAAUAACAACAACCCAGUGAAAUCCCACUAGUGGGGUUUGGGGAGGGUAGUGAGUACGCAGACCUUACCCCUACCCCGAAGGGAUAGAGAGGCUGUUUCCGAAAGACCCUCGGCUCAAGAGAACAAAAAGACAAAGGUAGACAAUGUUAGUAUCACCACAUAAAUCAUAAGAAAAUCAUAAGAAAAAUAGGAACAACAUGAAAUCCGGAAGAAAGAUGCAAAGCAAAACCAAUAGAUAGUAAAUAGGUCCUGCACUGAAAAUACAACAUUGACACUAGCUAUCUUAGACAAAAACCCUACCAGACUAGUCUCACACAGGUAUUAGUAAGGCAAGACUAACUACCUCCUAACCUAAAACCUUAAUGCUCGACCUUCACAACUUCCUAUCAAGUGUCAUGUCCUCGGAAAUUUGAAGGCUUGCCAUAUCAUGUCUGAUCACCUCUCCCCAAUAUUUCUUAGGCCGCCCUAUACCUCUUCUCGUUUCCUCCACAACUAGCCGCUCACACCUCCUUACCGGAGCAUCUGGGCUUCUCCUCUGAACAUGCCCGAACCAUCUGAGUCUUGCUUCCCG